AUGGCGCUGGUGCCCGCGUGCAGGUCCUGGAGGAGAGUGUCGGCCAGACCACCCCGUCGUCCCUCGUGUCCCGAGUGCUCAGGCCCCUGCCUCUUCUGCAGCAUGGAUGAUGGCAGCGGGUUCUCCUUCCCAGAGCAGAUCAUCUCCUUGUGGGCCCAGGAGGGCGUUCACAAUGGCAGGGAGGUCCUGCAGUGCGUGUUGGCCUCCGAGCCGAUCCUCGGCAGCCUUGGCCUGCUACCCCAGGAGCUGAGCUUCUGCCAGGCGCAGGUGGAGCAGAUGGCCAGGGAGCGAGAUAAGGCGAGACAAGACCUGGAGAAAGCUGAGCAGAGGAACCUGGAGUUUGUGAAAGAGAUGGAUGACCUCCAUUCUGCCCUGGAGCAUCUCGCGGAGGAGAAGCCAGUGCUGCCCUCCCAACAAUGGAUUUGCAUUGGUCUCAGCCUGGUUGACCUGAUUUUCCCGACCACCCCGAAGGGACUCGGUGAAGUUCUUUCUGCAUCGGAGAACCGGAGACUCGCUAUCUCCAUCCAAGAAUCUGGUUGGGGGACACAAGGCCUCGAGGGCCAUGCGCCUGGAGCAGGGCUACACGGGGAGGCUGAUCCUCCUGUGGUCCGAGGUGGAGGUGGAACGCUCGAGUUCUGGGAGCCAGCCAAGUGGCAGAGGGCCGGGCUGGAGGAAGACCUGCGGCACCUGCAGGCUGAGGAGACCGGCCUCCGUGAGAAGCUGACCCUGACCCUGAAGCCACAGAGAGAGCCCAUUGCUCAGCCGCAGCGGAAGCGUCCUGGCUUCUCCAGGAGAGUGCAGCCCUCCUCUGCAGCUGUGUGGGCUGCAGGAUGGGGGCCGCGCCUGCCUUCUGAUUGUUUCCUGUGUCUGUGGAAACCACCUUCCAGGUUUUCCAGUGAUCACGUUAAAAAAGGACCUGCAGGACCGCAACGACAAGCUGCAGGCUUCAGUGUGGGAGCAGCCCAGCAGCCACACGCCCUCUCUGCCGUCUGUCUCGGGCACUUCCUGUGGACAGGCACAGGAGCCCAGUGCUGUCCUAGUGCGCCACCCAGGCCCCAGGCCCGGCGGGCUGUGCUGGUCCUCUCUGCUUCUCCUGACUCACGGCACGCCUUGGCUUGUUGGCCCCACAGCUAACGUCUCGGUUCCAGUCUGAGUGGUGUCUGGAUCAUUGGACCGGGUUUCCUGGUCACCUGCCACGUGCUGUCACAGCUGGGUCUGCAGCCGGGACUGAGACAGGUGUUUGCAGCUUUCAGCCCCAGGGGGCUGGGCAGAGAAGGCUCCAUUCUCUGACAUCUGUACCCCUUGUUACAGGCCUGUUCAGCUCUUAUGUUUCAGUGAAGGUAAGAAGAUGCAGAAUGGGCCAGCUGGAAACACAGAGAACCAAGGUGCUGAAUUCGCUAGUCAAUGGCUCUUUUAGGAGCUAAGAAAGCUUUGUUUUUCUGUAGCUUAUCUUUUGGGAAAUGCAAGCCAGAGCAAGUUAACACUGGGUACAGGGAAGGAGCUGGCCCCUGUGUCCCCAUCCAGGGAAGGAAAGUGUGGCUGGGGGUCAUUGCAAGACCAGGCUCUGUCGGGUGACCAACUCCUGGAAUUCCCACUCUUCUUUCUUUUAAAAAUUUGUUAUACAGAAUCAAGUUGGAAAAUCUUUCUGAAGAAAUCACGCUCUUGAAAAAUGAAGUGGGGAAGAUCUGACAAGAGCUUGAAGCUUCAGGAAGGACAGAGGCUGCACAGAGGUAAGGGCCAGCUCAGUGGUCCCACCCCAACCACCCAUCCCGGACGCGGUUUGCUCAUCGUAGAAGAAGCUCAGAGGGCAUUGCUGUAGAAAGUGGUAAGUGUUCACAGAUAACCCACAUUCCAGGAACAGUCAGCAGAGACCUGUGCUGCCCUCCAACCAGCCUUGAUGGGCACGGGAGGGCUCAGGCGUCCUACAGAAAUACUGCACAGCGUGCUCCAGGGCCGGAGGAGGCAUCCUGCAUUCCUGUAGGGCAAGAGGGCCUCUCACAGCCUUCCUGGGCCAGUGGACUCGGUUUGUUCUGGUCCUGAUAGUGGUUUCAGCUGUGCUUCUGUCCAAGCCUCAUUCCUGGUCUGUGGAUUUCAGUGUAUCGGAGUCAGGGGUCCAGGGCAGGGGCCUGAGCACUGAGGCAGGAGCUGUGUGUAUUGUGGAGGGACACCCGUCAGUGGAUUUCAGCUUUCACCAUCAGCGCCUCAUCUGAGAAGGGUUUGGCUUUUUUUUUUUUUUUUU